AUGACGGUAAGAAGUAUUGCCGUGAGGCAUACCGGAUCAUUCGUUGAUUUUUUGCAUAUUUAUAAGUACAGUUUGUUGAAACAGUACGUUUUCGUUCCAAUCGGUGUGAUAUUGAUCAUGAUGAUCUUAUAUGGAGUUAAUAUAUUAAUUAAAGAUGUGAUAGGGAUCAAAUUUCCUGCAUCAGUUGCUGUAAUGUUGGUAAAUUUCUGUUUCUUAUGUGUUUUAUCUAUGAUUAAUGAGAACUUAACUCAGAAGAUUGUUGGUGUCAUCGAUGUUCCUUUAAGUUGGGCUUUGAGAUGGAUGAAUUUAUUCUUUACACCAGCGUUUGUCACUUUACCUUUGAGUCCCUGGAUAUCUUUUAGAGAAGCUAUGUUAAUAGCUGCCUCGUUCGUGUUCAUGUACAUAAUCACCGGGUUUUGUUUGGCAUACGUAACUAUAUUUGGUCAAAAGCUGUUUGCACUGGCUACUGGCCACCUUGGUAGGUCGAAUGGAAGGAAACGGACUUCUUUACUCGGCAGUAAAGAGGAUAUUCUUCGUGAUGCUGAGAAUGGAUACAGUUCUGCGGAUGAAGAUGCUACUGAAGAAGAAAGUACACUGGACAUAAACGAAGACGAUGAUGAUAUUCAUAGUUUUGCUGACAUUUUCUCGGAUCCUGAUGUUGAAGAUUUCCAAUUAGUCAACGUUGCUUCAAAUAGUGGGUUCCCAUUGCAAAGAACUCGUACAAAUCUUACUCAUCAUUUGGCAAUGGGUGAUACUGCUAAUUUAGAUGCUGACAUUCUAAGAGGUAGUGAAAUUGGACUUCCUAACGACAAGGGAUUAGGGAUCACUCAAAAUGUGCAGGACAUUUAUGACGAGGAUAACACUCAUGGAUCUGACUCAACUGCUGAAACAAAUCAGUUGUUAUUACAGCCUGCUCUGAUACAUUCUCGUAAUAAUGCAGCCAUGGUUCCAAUGGCAUCGAAACGUUUCUGUGGAUCUACCUCUCAUGAUCAAUUUUCUGAUAGAAAUAGAGAGGUAGAGUGUGAAAGAGCCAUCACCAGGCAGUUCUCUCACAGAAUGGAACAUCUUUUCACCGUAAACAUGUGGCACGAUCACUUGCAUCAUGUUCUAUACGGAUUGGGGUUUUUCGCAACUAUAUUCACAUACUAUUUUUCAUGGUACAUCAUGCCUUUCCAACUAUUUACCGCCAUUUGCAUGUUCUUCAUCGUCACCGAUGCACCAUUAUUGCCAAAUCCUAAGUAUAAGAAAUUCUUGCAUCCUGUUAUUUGUUCAGUGGCUCUAUUCUGGAUCGUUGAAUUGAUCUCAUCACUCAUUAAACAUCGCCAAAUCAAAUAUUUCCUCUCGGAUCUUCGUGAAUACAAGGUUGGUACAACAUACUUAACAUUAUUCACAAAUACUAGUGUAUCAGGUCCAAACAAGAACUGGCCUGGCGCCGGUGAUAUUUUUUCCUCCUGUAUGGACGUCUCUAUUGUCGCAUUAUCGAUGCCCAUGUACACUUACAGAAGCGAUCUAAAGAAACAUUUUGUCGUGCUUCUUAUCCCAACCAUCUCUUUAUGUGCUGCCACUCUAAUGUUAAAUCCCUUUAUAUGCUACAACAUCGGUAUCAGCUCAUAUAACUCCAUUGGAUUCAUUGGAAGAAGCAUCACUUUAGCCUUGGGGAUGCCCGUCAUCGAAAAUUUCGAAGGAUCCGUUACCGUAAUGGCUGUCAUUACAGUGCUAAGUGGUAUCGUAGGUGCACUAUCCGGAGGUCCCAUGCUUGACUUCUUCAGAGUACCUCGCGAUGAUUUCGUCACCAGAGGCCUAACUCUAGGCUGUAACUGCGGUGCCAUCGCCACCAGCUACCUCUUAACAGUAGAUAGAAGAGCUGCUGCUAUCAGCUCCCUUUCCUUCGUCUUAUACGGUGCAAUAAUGGUUAUCCUAAGUUCGAUAGGGCCCAUAAAAGACUUCGUGCAUCAGAUCGUAUCGCUAUAA